GUACUGCCCCGUGAAUAGAGAGGGGUCGCGUUUUGUGCUGCUGUAAGCAAACAGCACUGUAAAGUCUGGAAAAGUUAUUAUCCAACAUUUAGGUUGAGAUUAAAGGUCCCCCCAUGACUUGGGAAUUACAAGAUUUUGGACCACUUACACUGAUUCAAGAAUGAUUUAGUCACAAUGAAAGUGAAUGUCUUAUGAAUUAUUGCUCUUUCUGGCAGUUCUUGAAUCAAUCAAUCAAUCAAUCAAUCAUUCUAAAUAAUCAGAUGGGAUACAACUCAAGUAAAGCAGAAUGAUGUUUAAUGCCUAACAAUUUCAGUGAUAUUUCCCACUAAACUAACGAUAAAAAUUUAUUUUUAUCUGGCAUUUUAUAUCACAAUCCAGCCAUUACAUUACAAGAUUUAGUGUUUUAUCUAAAAAUAGAAACCCAGAAAUAGCCCCACAAUAUUAUGCACUCUAAAAUAUUUCGAUAUACGUCAAAAGUCGGAUAAAAUAGAGACCACCCAUUGGCAAUGUAAAGAGUGAGAAUAUCCCAGACUGGCCAUUGAAAAUUUAGGCGUACAAAAUUGGCCAGGUUUCAAGUGCUGAUGUGAAACAUACGGCCGGUAACAAUGAGUGUUCAGUGCUAGUUAAGCAUCCAGCAGAGCUGCGUAGAGUUCCUACCCCUUAUUCCGAAUCUGCUCCUUGAUCCAGCAGCAUCUUUUCCAUCCCCAUUCAUUCAAGGAUCUCAUGCUUUGACGAGCGUGAUCUCCACCUUUCGGGCUUUCGUGCACGCUGCAUUUAAGGACCUGUGCCUCAACAAAUCCUGACAGCAAUACUGAUCUCACCCCUGGAGGCUUACUUGAAGCAGGAUUACACAGAUUCAUCAGGGCGAAACCAUUUAUGACUAAAGCUGCACCAUGAAGGUACUUUUACUACUCACCCUGCUGACGUUAUGUCACGCCAAACCAUACACGCCUAUCAACGUAAUGGAUUUCAUCAAGCAUCAUGACAUCAUGCAACAAGACGUGGGUGAUUUUGAUGAUGAUGAUGAUGACGAUGACGACGAUGACGACCACCAUUACGACGAUUACGAUGACAACUUUGUUUCGGACUGUCCCGAAGGGUGUCGGUGCUCAAAGAAAGUUCUGCAGUGUUCAGAUCAAGGUCUGACCAAGGUGCCAAAGGACAUUCCUGCAAACACGUUGCUCGUCGAUCUCCAAAACAAUGACAUCACGGAAAUCAAGGAAGAUGAUUUCAAAGGCUUGGAUAAUCUCUAUGCCCUGUUUCUGCUCAAUAACCAGAUAUCAAAAAUUCACCCAAAGGCCUUUCGCAACAUGAACAAACUCAAGAUUCUCCACCUGUCUUACAACCUGCUGUCACAAAUGCCUGAGAACCUUCCCACGGGCAUUCAGUCACUGCGACUGCACGACAACAAGAUCAGCCGACUUCCAAAAGGAGCAUUUAGAGGAAUGCAAAACCUAAAUGUUUUAGAACUGAGUGCAAAUCCAAUUGCAAACAGUGGGAUUGACCCAGGGGCUUUUGACGACAUGGCGACUCUCUACUUGAGAAUAGCUGAAGCGAGGCUUACAGCUAUCCCUAAAGAUUUGCCAUCUUCCCUCACUGAACUUCACUUGGACUAUAACAAGAUUGCCAAAGUAGAGUCAGAGGAUUUUUUGAGAUUAAAAAGUCUACAAAGGCUGUGGCUUGACUUCAAUCAAAUCAAGUACGUGGAGAACGGAAGCCUCACUGCCAUUUCCAAAGUCAGAGAAAUUCAUUUGGAUAACAAUAAACUGAAGAAAGUUCCUCCAGGCUUGAACAACCUGAAAUAUCUGCAGGUGGUGUACUUACAUGCCAACAGCAUCAGUUAUGUUGGAGUAAAUGACUUUUGCCCUUCGAGAACCCGGGUUAAGAAAUCCCUCUACACUAGGAUCAGUUUAUAUGCGAACCCAGUAAAAUACUGGGAGAUUCAGCCACCCACUUUUCGGUGCGUUUCCAGCCACAAUUCGGUGCAACUGGGUAACCACAGAAAGUGAGUGAAACAGUACAGAUGUGCACCAUCUUGCCACUGGAGGGCAGCAUUAUAACUAGACAUGAACUUCAUCCUAAUAAAUUAUCAUUUCAUGUCCUAAUGGUGAUGUACAGUACGUAAUUUAUCCAAAAUCCAAGAGUAUGCGCAGUGGCUACAGACUCGUUACUUGAAUUUGGUGAGGAUUUCGAUGACUUUGAAUUCCAGUAAAGACAGAAUCAACUACACUGUGUGCAAUAGUUACAUAGGCUUUCAUUAUUAAUGUUUACAUUGAAAUCUUUUCGACUUUAUAAUGACCGUAGAACCGUUUUAAUUGCAUAUUUUCAGAUCAGGUGCUAAAUAAAUUUGUCCCCAUGUAUUGAAGGUCUCUAUUUUUUCUUAAAAAGGAACGACUGUCUAGAAUCUAAGAAAAAUAAAUAAAAUGUACAAGGCCAGUUUGUUUAUUGUUCUACUUCUUGUAUUUUAGAAAACGGGCAUUAUUCAUUGGUGCUUCUAGUGAUAACAACAAAUCUAAUAUUGCAUGCUAAAUUUUCAUUAUAUAACUUUUUAUUCAUUGCCAGUGUUUUCUCUGAAAUAUUGGACAUAGACAUUCUUGUCAGAUCUCAGAAAUUCUGAUAAACUGAUCUGUAUGGACCACCGGGUUGGUUACAGUUUACACAACAGCGUCCCUGACAUCUGCAAAACUGUACUUGUAGCAAGUGUUUUCUUAGCCAGCGGUGCUGUGUUAUUUGUUUCCAAUUCAGAUCUUCUUGUUUCUUUAGAAAAAUAAAGAAAAAAUAAAACAGUACAUCUGUUUGGCCUCAGAAUGUGUACAUCUGUCCAGCAAUAAGACAAAAUACCAGCAGAUGGAGACUUGUGUAAGGAUUGGGGGGGAAAAAACACUGCAGCAACUGGAUAAUUCAAUAAAACCAGCAAAAUAAUGACUCCAUGGAAGGAUAUUGGGUUUAAUAUAGGCAGGCACUAGUGAUGUCUUGUUAAAAUCAAGUUAAAUCAUUAUGUUAUAUAACUAUACAGGUAUACAAACUGAAUGAAGCAUGGCAACCUGUAAACUCUAUAGUGCUACAGAAAUCAAACCAGUCCUGGACAAUGUAAUUGUAGCUCAACUUUGUCCAUCAUGUAUACAUGUUAAUCAGACUACAAAUUGGACUUCGCAUUGUGCACUCGCUCUAAAAAACAAAGAGCGUGCACAGCGAAUGCAACACUAGCAAAGUAUACAAUCACUCCGUAUUAAUUAUUUCAUUUUGCAUUGAGACUAUAGCUCAACUAUAUCUGGAUUCCAUUUUUUCCAUUUUCAUUUUUUAGUUUUAAUGGUUCAAUUAAAGUUAAUUAAUCAAAAAGC